CACCCGGGGUGCAUAUAAGAGAGCAGUAGCCGAGUUGUGGAGCCAGCCCUGUGCACCCUGGGGCCCCUGAGUGCCUGCCACCAUCGCUGUCUCUCGGGCUUGCUUCUUGACACGCCAGCCACAAAGCACCAGGGUUCCUCAGAUGCCACACCGGUUAGACCCUGGCUGCUUCCUGAACAGUUGACCGUCCCCAGCAGGAAGGACGCAGGAUGCUCCGGCGGCUGGCCCUGCUGGUUCUGUGGGUGUCCCGAGUCUUUCAAGCUGCCACCUGGGAUGAGGAUGACACUUCCUUCGACCUUUUCCGCAUCAGCAACAUAAACCGCAAAACCAUUGGUGCCAAGCAGUUCCGGGGCCCGGACCCCAACCUGCCGGCCUACCGCUUUGUGCGAUUCGACUACCUCCCGCCAGUGAACGCGGCCCACCUCAGCAUGGUGGCCGAGCUGAUGCGGCAGCGGGAAGGCUUCUUCCUGGUGGCCAGCCUGAAGCAGGACCGGAAGUCCCGGGGCACACUGCUGGCCCUGGAGGGCCCGGGCACCACGCAGCGGCAGUUCGAGAUUGUCUCCAAUGGCCUGGCCGACUCCCUGGACCUCACGUACUGGACCGAUGGGGCACAGCACAUGAUCUCCCUGGAGGACGUGGGGCUGGCCGACUCACAGUGGAAGAACAUCACGGUGCAGGUGACCGGCGAGACCUACAGCCUGUACGUGGGCUGCGACCUGACGGACAGCUUCCCUCUGGAUGAGCCGUUCUACGAGCAGCUCCAGAUGGAAGGCAGCAGGAUGUUCGUGGCCAAAGGGUCCUCGCGGGACAGCCACUUCAGGGGUUUGCUUCAAAACGUGUACCUAGUCUUUGAGAAUUCCGUAGAAGACGUCCUGAGCAAGAAAGGUUGUCAGCAGAACCAGGAAGCAGAGGCCAACACCAUCAGUGAGCACACAGAGACCCUGCACCUGAACCCACACGUCACCUCAGGGUACGGGGGCCAGCAGCUGGAGAAGAAGCCGCAGGUGUGCGAGCACUCCUGUGAGGAGCUGGGCCACAUGAUCAAUGAGCUCUCGGGGCUGCACGUGGUCGUGGACCAGCUGCACAAGAACCUCAAGCAAGUGGCAGACGACAACCAGUUCCUGUGGGAGCUGGUGGGAGGCCCGCCCAGGACCAGGAACGUGACGGCCUGCUGGCAGGAGGGCCGGGUCUUCGCGGACAACGAGACCUGGGUGGUGGACAGCUGCACCACCUGCACCUGCAAGAAAUUUAAAAUUGUUUGCCACCAAAUCACCUGCCCACCAGUGACGUGUGCAAACCCAUCCUUCCUGGAAGGCGAAUGCUGUCCUUCCUGCUUUCCCGCCCCUGACAGCGAGGAGGGCUGGUCCCCCUGGGCUGAGUGGACCCGGUGCUCGGUGACCUGCGGUUCGGGGACCCAGCAGAGAGGACGGUCCUGUGAUGUUACCAGCAACACCUGCCUGGGGCCCUCCAUCCAGACGAGGCUGUGCAGCCUGGGCAAAUGCGACGACCGCAUCCGGCAGAAUGGCGCCUGGAGCCACUGGUCACCCUGGUCCUCCUGCUCAGCCACCUGUGGUGUCGGCAACAUCACCCGCAUCCGUCUCUGUAACUCGCCCGUCCCGCAGAUGGGCGGCAAGAACUGCAAGGGGAGCGGCCGUGAGACCAAGGCCUGCGAGGGCGUCCCCUGUCCUGUUGACGGCCGGUGGAGCCCCUGGUCCCCGUGGUCAGCCUGCACAGUCACGUGUGCUGGAGGCAUCCGUGAGCGGACUCGGGUCUGCAACAGCCCAGAGCCCCAGCAUGGAGGGAAGGACUGCGUGGGAGACACCACGGAGCAGCACGUGUGCAACCGCAGGAGCUGCCCAGUCGACGGGUGUCUGUCCAACCCCUGCUUCCCCGGGGCGCAGUGUGACAGUUUCCCUGAUGGCUCCUGGUCCUGCGGAUCCUGUCCGGCUGGAUUCCUGGGCAACGGCACCCACUGCGAGGACUUGGAUGAGUGUGUUGUGGUCACUGACGUCUGCUUCACGGCCAAUAAGGCGCACCGCUGCGUGAACACAAACCCCGGCUUCCACUGCCUGCCCUGCCCGCCCCGCUACAAGGGCAGCCAGCCCUUUGGGGUGGGCUUGGAGGCUGCCAGGGCCGAGAAGCAGGUGUGUGAGCCCGAGAACCCGUGUAAGGACAAGACUCACAGGUGCCACAAGAACGCCGAGUGCAUCUACCUGGGGCACUUCAGCGACCCCAUGUACAAGUGCGAGUGUCAGACAGGCUACGCUGGCGACGGUCUCAUCUGUGGGGAGGACUCGGACCUGGAUGGCUGGCCCAACAAGAACCUGGCCUGUGCUAUCAACGCCACCUACCACUGCACCAAGGACAAUUGCCCCCAUCUGCCCAAUUCCGGCCAGGAAGACUUCGACAAGGAUGGGAUUGGCGAUGCCUGUGACGAGGAUGAUGAUGACGACAGCGUGAGCGACGAGAAGGACAACUGCCCGUUGCUAUUCAACCCGCGCCAGUUCGACUACGACAAGGACGAGGUGGGAGACCGCUGUGACAACUGCCCUUAUGUACACAACCCGGCGCAGAUCGACACCGACCACAACGGCGAGGGGGACGCCUGCUCUGUGGACAUUGACGGGGACGAUGUCUUCAACGAGCGCGACAACUGUCCUUAUGUCUACAACACGGACCAGAGGGACACUGACGGCGACGGCGUGGGUGACCACUGUGACAACUGCCCCCUCAUGCACAACCCUGAGCAGACGGAUGUGGACAAUGACCUUGUGGGAGACCAGUGUGACAACAAUGAGGACAUCGACGAGGACGGCCACCAGAACAACCAGGACAACUGCCCCUACAUCUCCAAUGCCAACCAGGCUGACCACGACCGCGACGGCAAGGGGGACGCCUGCGACUCGGACGAUGACAACGAUGGCGUCCCUGACGACAGGGACAACUGCCGGCUGGUGGCCAACCCCGGCCAGGAGGACUCGGACGGCGAUGGGCGGGGCGAUGCCUGCAAAGACGACUUUGACAACGACAGUGUUCCAGACAUUGACGACGUGUGUCCUGAGAACAACGCCAUCAGCGAGACUGACUUCAGGAACUUCCAGAUGGUCCCCCUGGACCCCAAAGGCACCACCCAGAUCGACCCCAACUGGGUGAUCCGUCACCAAGGCAAGGAGCUCGUCCAGACGGCCAACUCGGACCCGGGCAUCGCCGUCGGUUUUGAUGAGUUUGGGUCUGUGGACUUCAGCGGCACGUUUUACGUCAACACCGACCGGGACGACGAUUACGCCGGCUUUGUCUUCGGCUACCAGUCCAGCAGCAGGUUCUACGUGGUGAUGUGGAAACAAGUCACGCAGACCUACUGGGAGGACAAGCCCACCCGUGCCUACGGCUACUCGGGCGUGUCCCUCAAAGUGGUCAACUCCACGACGGGCACGGGCGAGCACCUGCGCAACGCGCUGUGGCACACGGGGAACACAGAGGGACAGGUGCGGACCUUGUGGCACGACCCCAAGAACAUUGGCUGGAAAGACUACACUGCCUACCGGUGGCACCUGACUCACCGGCCGAAGACUGGUUACAUAAGAGUGUUAGUGCAUGAAGGGAAGCAAAUCAUGGCGGACUCAGGGCCCGUCUACGACCUCACCUACGCAGGCGGAAGGCUGGGCCUGUUUGUCUUCUCUCAAGAGAUGGUCUAUUUCUCGGACCUCAGAUAUGAAUGCAGAGAUGUCUAAUCAAGCUUUGCUGCAUUUCCAACCACGUACUGUACAUGCUGUCCCCACACCUCAGUUCAUCCUGGAACUUGCCGCUUCUCUCUCUCAGUCGCACUACCUGCUCCCAGCCCUUAGCUCUGAGUGGCUACACACCUCCCUCCAUCCACUUGAGUCCAAGGGCCUUCAGAGGGUUCACGUGAAAGAGACCCUAUGGGACCAUCCAUGCCACCCCAAGAAGACAGCCAGACCCCGUGUGAGACGAUGCAGUGAGCACUGAGCUUGGCACACAUGGUUUCCUCUCGUGUGUUUAACAAGAAUGACGUUUACAUAUAAAGUGUAAUGACUUAUUGUAUGUAUGUGUAUAUGGAGGUGCAGGGAAUGUGGUGCAUAUCCCAUUGUCAUAAAUUAAGCAGGAAGAACAUUAUUCCACCUGUCGUUGCUUCCAGUUCUCGGUAUUCUUCAGUUGUAGUGCUAUAGCAGCGGGCGGUAACACAGAAAUCCUAUGAAGUCGAUUAGACAACAGGGUCCACCUGCGCUGGAAGUGAUGCCCCAGUAAAGGGGACCGAAGACAAUAGUCACGUUAGAGGAUCACCUGAUCUCAAUUGGUAUACGACUGCAGUGAUCCACUUGGAACACAAAAAGAUCAUUACGAAAGUAAGCAAGCACCCUCCUCCUGCCGUCCCCUCUCCUCCUCCCAUGAAACCCUCUGAUUGUGCCGGGAUGUGGCUGAAUCCAGGGAGCAGUGCCUUGUGACACAGGCACAAGCGGGGGCCGGCGAAGUCUAAUUUCAUGUGAGUGGACGUCACACCGAGCGCCCUCGGUGGGCGGGUCUGUCCCGCUGGGCUGGCGUUGAGAUAGUUCUCCGCCACUCACUGUCUGCUGUGCUCACUGAGCACUGGCAUUUCCGCCUGGGCUUCUUUUCUGGCUUCUGAGCCCAGGGAGCCUCGCGGCCGCCUCACAAGCAGACACAUUCUGCCAUGACAUGACGCUCCUGCCUGACACUUUGAAACGAGGAGGGAGCUGUUCUUACCCAGUGUGCGCAGACGUUUCAGUAAGGUUCCAGUUAUAAACAUGUUGUUAGUAUUUAUUGACUGAGUAUUGGGCUCCACUUCACUCACCAGUAACUUACUGUAAGCGCGUCAAGCCAUCUGGGGGGAGGAUCAUGUCAAGAAACAAUCUUAUAGUAAGUGUAUCAUGAUGCAUAGAUACGGUUAUAGCCGGAGAUGCUUACCAACUGUAAAUCCUCCUGACAGUGUGUUGGCAUGGUCCAGCGCACCCUGAGAUGUCGCAGAAUGAAUAAAUAAUGAUGGAGAGUUUAUAAAUGGAAUCUUAAUAUAUACUCUUGUCAGCGAUUUUAAUAUAAUGUGGUGUUCUGUUAUCUAUCUGCUGUAUAUAUAGACAUGAUAUUGAAGAAAUGCCAACAUUCACACUCACUGUACACACCAAUCCAUCAGUCACGCAGUAUCAGACACACACUUGAUUCCCUGUUGGCUCUAAGUUGCACAGUCUCACUGCAAGAAAUGAUGGUCAGCCCUGCUCCAGGUAGGGGUUCCCCGCCGCCUGUCUGGUAUGGAGUGAGGCUCCCCCGUGUCUGUGGUCUCGUUUCUAUACCGAGUGGAAAAGAUCCAUUGGGUUUGUUUCAAUGACACAUUUAAUUUUCAUUUCAAUAAUUGCCCUUGCUUCUAUUGAGAGUGACUUUUUGUGGUUGUUGUUGUUCUAUGUGGCUGCAUCUGUGUGUGAGUGUGUGUGUGUGUGUGUGUGUGUGUGUGUGUGUUACUGUAGCUGUAGUCCCAAGACCAGUGCAGGACUGGGAGACACCCUUCAGGGAAACCACCCUAACAGAUGAGUGGUUUGGGCCAAUGAUACAGUGCUGAGCAGAUAAUGCUGUUAAUGUUUAGACUGUACCAUAAUUUUUUUUUGUAAAAUAUUUAUGUUUUUUUAAAAGCAAGCUUCUCCUACAAGUGGCUGAAACCUCAUUUGUUUACUGAAGACUGUAAAUGUAAUUUAUUUGUUCUCCCCGUCCUACUCACACCAGAGGCCCGGCAACUCUAGCUAGAGCUUCCUUUUCACGCUCCAAAGAUCGAUCACAGGAAAUAAACUGUAACAAGGUUGUCUAUGAA